UAAGUAAAAGCCUCAAUUCUCUUCGAUGCUUGUUUUUGUUCCCCCUUUGGUAGUUCUCAGCUUCUUCUAAUGGGGAAAGGCGAUGCUUCAACACCUUCGUCUCCUCCGCCGCUCCGUACGGCCCCUCCCUCUUCUUCAACUCCUUCGCUUCUCCCACCUUGCUUCGUCCUCUUCUUCCUCCUUUCCUCCUCUUCAUCUCCUCCUCUCCUCCCCUCACCCCCUCUCUCUCCCCUCCCUCCUCCGCCACCACGCCCUCGUCGUCACCUCCGGCCACUGCACCAACCCCUUCUUCUCGGCGAAGCUCAUCUCCCUCUACGCCGCCUCCCUCCGCCCCGACCUCGCCGCCCGCGUCUUCUUCGCCUCCCUCCCCGCGAACCCACUAGACACCUUCCUCUGGAACUCCCUCAUCAAAACCCACUUCUCCGAUUCCGGUUUCGCCCUCUCCCUCCAACUCUUCACAAAAAUGCUCUCUUGGGGAGCCCGGCCCAACCAUUUCACCAUUCCCAUGGUGGUUUCCGCCUGUUCCGAGCUACUCGAGCUUGGAACCGGCUCCUCGAUCCAUUGCGCCUCGAUCAAGUUCGGUCUUUUCUCCCGGGAUUCGGCCGGUGUCGGAUCAUCGUUUGUUUACAUGUACGCGAAGUGCGGGGUGCUCGGUGAUGCGUUCAAGGUGUUCGAUGAAAUGCCUGUGAAGGAUGUCGUAUCGUGGACUGCUCUUAUCGUUGGAUACGUGAGGAACGGUGAAUGUGAGAUGGGUUUGGUUUGCUUUAAUCAAAUGCAUCGGCUUGGCGCCGAUGGAGGGGUCAGGCCUAAUUCUCGGACCGUGGAAGGUGCUCUGCAAGCUUGUGGAAGCUUAGGAGCAUUAUGGGAAGGAAGAUGUCUACAUGUGUUUUUGACGAAAAUAGGCCUUGAAUAUCAUGAUUCUAUUAAGUCAUCUCUUCUCUCAGUGUACUCCAAAUGCGACAGUCCAGAAGAUGCUUUUCUUGUAUUUGAAGAGUUGCCGGAGAAAGAUGUUGUCUCAUGGACUGCAGUUGUUGGAGUUCAUGCCAGGAAAGGCCUAAUUUUGGACUGCAUAAAGUUGUUUCGGUCAAUGCAGGAUUCAGGGGUAGAGCCUGAUGGAAUUUUUGUUAGCGCUAUGCUUACUUGUUUUGUGAAUGGUAAAAAUUCUCAUGCAGGAAAGGCCUUUCAUGGAAUCGCAUUGAGGAGGAAUAUUGAAGUCGAUACAAUGGUUGGUAAUGCAUUUAUAUCAUUUUACAACAAAUUUGAGUUAUUGGAUAUUGCAGAAAAAGUCUUCAAUACUGUGGUUGAACGUGAUUCGGAGUCAUGGAAUUUGAUGGUUUAUGGUUGUGGGAAGAUGGGAUUUGAUGUCAAAUGCUUGAAUUAUUUCAGAGAAAUGCAGAUUCUUGGCCUAGGGCUUUCUUGUGAUAUCAAUAACUUGGUUUCUGUGAUCUCCUCAUGUGCCCAGUUAGGAGAACAAAGAUUAGGCCAAUCCGCUCAUUGUUAUGUGAUGAAACAUUCGGUUAAUGAACGUCUCUCAGUUGCUAAUGCUCUCAUUGGCUUGUAUGGAAAGUGCGGAGUGCUUCGCCUGGCAAGUAUAAUAUUUGAUCACACAAAUAGAGAUGUUGUCACGUGGAAUUCUUUAAUUGGUGCCUACGCCAAUGCGGGAUAUUCAGAAGAUGCAUUGUCAUUAUUUGAUCAGAUGCUUUUAGAAGAUGUGAGACCCAAUUCCGCAACCUUGGUAGGCAUUCUAUCUGCUUGUUCACAGUUGGCUGCUCUCCAUCGCGGCCGGUGGAUACACAGUUACAUCAAAGAAAUAGGUUUGGAUUCUGAUGCAACUGUUUCCUCUGCACUCGUUGACAUGUAUGCUAAAUGUGGGCAACUCGAACUAUCAAGAGCGGUGUUUGAUUCCAUGCACGAAAGAGAUGUUGUGUCGUGGAAUGUUAUGAUCUCCGGGUACGGGAUCCAUGGUUAUGCAAAGGAAGCAUUAGAGGUGUUUGCAGAGAUGGAACGAGGAGGUGUGAGGCCUAACGGAGUUACAUUUCUUGCGAUUCUAUCUGCUUGCGGCCAUGCUGGGUUGGUCGAUGAGGGGAAAAAGUUAUUUAAUAGAAUGAAGGAGUAUUCUAUUAGACCGACGCUGAAGCAUUAUGCUUCUAUGGUGGAUCUUUUAGGCAGAUAUGGCCAUCUACAUGAGGCCGAAGAAAUUGUUCUUACCAUGCCUAUUGAGCCUGAUGGUGCAAUUUGGGGAGCCUUACUUGGUGCUUGCAAAAUGCACAAUAACGUCGAACUAGGAGCGCGCAUUGCGUCGAGGGCUUUCAGUUCAGAUCCCGAGAACGACGGAUACUAUGUUUUGAUGUCCAAUAUGUUUGCCUGUGUAGGAAAGUGGGAAGAAGUUAAGAUGCUUAGACAGAUGAUGAAGGAUUAUAGGGUGAACAAAGGAGCAGGUUGGAGUUCUAUUGAGGUUGGUGAAAGAACACAUCUCUUCACAAUGGGAGAUAGAGGCCAUCCAGAGUCUGAUGAGAUAUAUGAAAUGCUUGAAGCUUCCAACAGGCAGAUAGAGAUGUCUCCAUUGUGUGAAGCCCAAAAGACAACAAAGUAGUUAGCUAUUGCAUAAGCUUGGCAUAGCUGAGUGUGCUGGGACGGAUGGUAGUGUUCGCACUCGUAAAGUCAUUCACGUUCGAAUCGAUUAUGUGCGCCAUCGAAUAUGGUUUAGAA